AUUUAAUUAAUGGUGACUUUUAUGUGUUAUCACUGUGAUCGUACUUUAACAAAACCCUAAGUCGACAAACAUGUCAAAACCCAAUGCAGAAAACCUCCUUCCCUAAUCUGCAUCGAUUGCAAGAAGAUGUUCAGUGAUAACCACGUUGAGCACGUAUCCUGUUUGACCGAAAAACAAUUGUAUUGGGGGCCUUAUGCCAAUGUAUUAAAUUCCUAAAUAUCCUUAGGGUAAAAAACCUCAAUAGUAACAGUAAAAUACAGCUAAGGCAGAGCAGAACAACUAAAAAUAGAAGGAGAUAGAAAAUUCAAAGGAAAUUGAAGAACCAAAGAAAGAAUGGAAAGGAUGGAAAAAGUCCAUUGAUUCAUAUAUCAAAUCAAAUUAGUUGGAAGAAGUAAGAAUGAACGAAGUAAAGGAGAAUUUAGUUUCAUAAUUCUUAUCAAUUUAUCCAGAAUAUGAAAAAGAGGAGGCUGAACAAUUAUUUGAUGAAGCAGUAAUUAAAUAUUCUAUUUUAAAUAUAGAUUAAAAAAAGCAAUAAAUAUUAAGUUGAAUAUGUAGGAUUCAUUGUUAAGAAAGUAAAAUAGGAAUGA